GCUUCCGCUUUAAGUACUGUUCGCUUGUAACUGUCGAAUGGUCUGUAGAUUUGUUAUUUCAGUUUUACGUGCAGUUUUCGGUUGGAAUACCUUCCAGCAUGUCCAAAUUCAAUGUAAAAAUAGGCAAAUGUGAUGGCGCUGUCGUAAUUGGGGAUAGUGCGAAUUUGACAAUUGGGGCGACCCAAGGAAUACCACAGAAACAGCAUGUCCCAAGGGAAACAACAACAACAACAACAACAACAACAACUGGUGCAGUUCAUUCACCUUGUCAAGAGACUGGGGAUGAUAUCGAUUACAAGGCAAAGUCUGGUUAUGUACUGGUAAUUAAUAACUACAUCUUCCCCAAGAGGCCAGAUGGUGAACGCCAUUGGUCAGGAGAAGAUGUGAAAGGUCUCAAGAGUCUCUUUGAUGAUUUUAAUUUCACUACCAAGAUUCAUGACAACUUGGAACAAAGAGAAAUCAAAGGAUUACUGCAAGAUACAUCAGAGAAAGACUUUGGCAGAUAUGACUGUUUUGUUUGUGUAAUCCUUAGUCAUGGUUCUAAAGAUGGAAUCUAUGGCACUGAUGAUAAUUUAAUCAACAUUGAGGCAAUUACUUCCUGUUUUCGCCGAAAUGAGUGCCCAUCUCUUGAAGGGAAACCAAAAAUAUUUCUGAUCCAAGCUUGCCGUGGCAGUGAACAGGAUAGGCUAACUAUUGAGAGCGACAGCGAGCCUAUUCCACGCGCAAGCUCAUCUCUGCCAGCUGAUGCUGAUUUUCUGAUCUGUUUUGCCUCAGCUCCCAAUCAUCAAAGCUACAGGCAGCCAGAAAUUGGUUCUUGGUUUAUUUCAGCAAUUGUUAAAGUCUUCAAAAAGUAUGCAGAAAGAGAGCACCUCAUGGAUAUGAUGCUGAGGGUCAAUGACCGUGUUGCUAAUUAUUUAGGCCAAAUGGGCCAAACAAGCCUCAAGCAAAUUCCUUGCCAAGUCUGUAUGCUGAGAAGGAAAGUGUUUUUCAAUCCUACUCAUAACACUCCAUGAACUCUUUUCAAUAAAUGUUGUUAUGUGAAUGAGUUUCAGGUUAUUUGGAAAAAAAUUGUUCAAUAUUUGAAACAAGUUUGGAACAAGGAAAAAUCUGAGUACAUCAUUAGAAUUUAAACUACUGGUACAGCUAGUUCUUGCUUUGUGAUGGUAGACUAGGCAGUCCACUUCUGUUGACUGGAUGCAUCAAGGAAAAUUGAAAAAGGUUUGAGUUAUACAUUGUCAAAUUGUCAAUGUACUCGUCAAUCAAAUUUUCUUGCAGUGUAGAGGAGUCUAGUAAAAAAUAGAACAUCCAGAAGUAGCAGCUAAGCUAGGCAGGAGAGCUCUGUGAAAGCACAAUGCAUUGUAGUUUAAUGAAUCCUAUGUCUGCAAAACAUAACUGGAUUCACAGUUGUUUUGUUCAGUGUCAAAGGAAGAAAUGAGGAAGAGAACCAUUUCUUGUUUCUCUGUAAAUUCAAUAUUUUGAACUACAGUACAGUUUGUUUUGACUUUCCACAAAUUGAAAGUCAUAUUGUUCAAGUCAUGGAGGGUAAAAUUGCAUUAAAAUUGACUUCAUGAAGGGAAAUGAAAACCGAUUCAAGUUAGCAGGUGUGGGAGUUAUUUGACCCUUUAACUCCCAAGAUCUCAUUAGUAAUUCUCCCUACUGUCUGCCAUACAGUUCUUGUGAUGUUAGUUUGGAUAAUUUGGUAUUGGAUCAACUUAUAAUUUCCUAACUGAUAUUAUUUUUCUUUACUCUCAUCACUUUUCUGCUUGAUAUGGUAUUGAUAUUGUAAGAAGAAAUUCUGUAUUGGUCACUUAUGGGAGUGAAAGGGUUAGGGGUUGGGGGGGGGAGGGUAUUUUAGUGAAGGGUAACAGGGUCCCAUCCCUUCCACUUCCACACUGGUUUGGUUUCAUCAGGCCUCCCCCCUUCUACCCUGUCAUGGGGUCAUAGGGUGUACUGCAUAUGUGUGGUUGUCAUGAGACCAUCUGAAUUAUAUUUUUGUUAAGGAAUAAAAGGUAGAGAGAGAAGGAAAUCAUUAAUUUAGUUUUGGAGAAGGGGUUUUUCAUAGAAAAGAAAAUGAAUGAUAAUGUAUUGCAAUACAGUAGGCAGUUUGCAUUUGUGUGUGUUUACUCAGUGUAUAAAUUUGUAAUCUUUGCAAUGAGCUGAUUUCAAAUGAUCCAGGUUUGCUAAACAUGCAUAGUUGAUCAUACCAACCACUGAGGAAAUUUUGAGCUGUCACCAGUCCUUUCAAGCAGAUUGUAUUCAAUCUUUCAUUCCAGGUAUAAAAAUCAUUUUCCCUGAGAAUUUGUCAACAGUUUUUAUAAAGUAUCAUUUUUUUGGCAUGAUAGUGGUUUUCACUCAGCUUUGUAUUUGAGAGAUCAUUAAAUACCAUAGCAUGUAAAAUCUACACAGUCUGCUUGCUGAAUACAAUUAAAUUAUUAGGUUGAAUUUUUUAUUUAAAUGUCUUCUAUUGCAUAAAAAAUGAAUAAACAUCCAAAGUAGAAAAGAUGAAGAUAUUUAUAUUAGGAAAGAAGAAUUGAACAAAAAAGACUUGUCCAGUUGACCAGUCACUUCAAUGAAGUGAUUUGUAGUUGUUGUAAUAAAAGUAAUAUGGGAAUUGCUGGAUAGUUUAUAAUAAUCUUGUGAACUAGGUACCUGCACACAGAGGCUUUUCAGGUACAAUGAAGAUAUUAAAGUUGUUAUACAAUUU